AUGGGAGAAGGGGAUGGAAUUUGGGAGAAGGGGAUGGAAUCUGGGAGAAGGGGAUGGAAUCUGGGAGAAGGGGAUGGAAUCUGGGAGAAGGGGAUGGAAUCUUGGAGAAGGGGAUGGAAUCUGGGAGAAGGGGAUGGAAUCUGGGGGAAGGGGAUGGAAUCUGGGAGAAGGGGAUGGAAUUUGGAGAAGGGGAUGGAAUCUGGAGAAGGGGAUGGAAUCUUGGAGAAGGGGAUGGAAUCAGGGAGAAGGGGAUGGAAUCUGGGAGAAGGGGAUGGAAUCAGGGAGAAGGGAUGGAAUUUGGGAGAAGGGGAUAGAAUCUGGGAGAAGGGGAUGGAAUCUGGGAGAAGGGGAUGGAAUCUGGGAGAAGGGGAUGGAAUCUGGGAGAAGGGGAUUGAAUCUGGGAGAAGUGGAUGGAAUCUGGGCGAAGGGGAUGGAAUCUGGGAGAAGGGGAUGGAUUCUGGGAGAAGGGGAUGGAGUCUAAGAGAAGGGGAUGGAAUUUGGGAGAAGGGGAUGGAAUCUGGGAGAAGGGGAUGGAAUCUGGGAGAAGGGGAUGGAAUCAGGGAGAAGGGGAUGGAAUUAGGGAGAAGGGGAUGGAAUUGGGGAGAAGGGGAUGGAAUCUGCGAGAAGGGGAUGGAAUCUGAGAGAAGGGGAUGGAAUCUGGGAGAAGGGGAUGGAAUCUGGGAGAAGGGGAUGGAAUCUGGUAGAAGGGGAUGGAAUCUGGGAGAAGGGGAUGGAAUCUGGGAGAAGGGGGUGGAAUCUGGGAGAAGGGGAUGGAAUCUGGGAGAAGGGGAUGGAAUUUGGGAGAAGGGGAUGAAAUCUGGGAGAAGGGGAUGGAAUCUUGGAGAAGGGGAUGGAAUCUGGGGGAAGGGGAUGGAAUCUGGGAGAAGGGGAUGGAAUUUGGAGAAGGGGAUGGAAUCUGGAGAAGGGGAUGGAAUCUUGGAGAAGGGGAUGGAAUCAGGGAGAAGGGGAUGGAAUCUGGGAGAAGGGGAUGGAAUCAGGGAGAAGGGAUGGAAUUUGGGAGAAGGGGAUAGAAUCUGGGAGAAGGGGAUGGAAUCUGGAAGAAGGGGAUGGAAUCUGGGAGAAGGGGAUGGAAUCUGGGAGAAGGGGAUGGAAUCUGGGAGAAGUGGAUGGAAUCUGGGCGAAGGGGAUGGAAUCUGGGAGAAGGGGAUGGAAUCUUUGAGAAGGGGAUGGAAUCUGGGAGAAGGGGAUGGAAUCUGGGAGAAGGGGAUGGAAUCUGGGAGAAGGGGAUGGAAUCUGGGAGAAGGGGAUGGAUUCUGGGAGAAGGGGAUGGAGUCUAAGAGAAGGGGAUGGAAUUUGGGAGAAGGGGAUGGAAUAUGGGAGAAGGGGAUGGAAUCUGGGAGAAGGGGAUGGAAUAUGGGAGAAGGGGAUGGAAUCUGGGAGAAGGGGAUGGAAUCUGGGAGAAGGGGAUGGAAUCUGGGAGAAGGGGAUGGAAUCAGGGAGAAGGGGAUGGAAUUAGGGAGAAGGGGAUGGAAUUGGGGAGAAGGGGAUGGAAUCUGCGAGAAGGGGAUGGAAUCUGAGAGAAGGGGAUGGAAUCUGGGAGAAGGGGAUGGAAUCUGGGAGAAGGGGAUGGAAUCUGGUAGAAGGGGAUGGAAUCUGGGAGAAGGGGAUGGAAUCUGGGAGAAGGGGGUGGAAUCUGGGAGAAGGAGAUGGAAUCUGGGAGAAGGGGAUGGAAUUUGGGAGAAGGGGAUGAAAUCUGGGAGAAGGGGAUGGAAUCUUGGAGAAGGGGAUGGAAUCUGGGGGAAGGGGAUGGAAUCUGGGAGAAGGGGAUGGAAUUUGGAGAAGGGGAUGGAAUCUGGAGAAGGGGAUGGAAUCUUGGAGAAGGGGAUGGAAUCAGGGAGAAGGGGAUGGAAUCUGGGAGAAGGGGAUGGAAUCAGGGAGAAGGGAUGGAAUUUGGGAGAAGGGGAUAGAAUCUGGGAGAAGGGGAUGGAAUCUGGGAGAAGGGGAUGGAAUCUGGGAGAAGGGGAUGGAAUCUGGGAGAAGGGGAUGGAAUCUGGGAGAAGUGGAUGGAAUCUGGGCGAAGGGGAUGGAAUCUGGGAGAAGGGGAUGGAAUCUUUGAGAAGGGGAUGGAAUCUGGGAGAAGGGGAUGGAAUCUGGGAGAAGGGGAUGGAAUCUGGGAGAAGGGGAUGGAAUCUGGGAGAAGGGGAUGGAUUCUGGGAGAAGGGGAUGGAGUCUAAGAGAAGGGGAUGGAAUUUGGGAGAAGGGGAUGGAAUAUGGGAGAAGGGGAUGGAAUCUGGGAGAAGGGGAUGGAAUAUGGGAGAAGGGGAUGGAAUCUGGGAGAAGGGGAUGGAAUCUGGGAGAAGGGGAUGGAAUCUGGCAGAGGGGGAUGGAAUCUGGGAAAAGAGGAUGGAAUCGGGGAUAAGGGGAUGGAAUCUGGGAGAAGUGGAUGGAAUAUGGGCGAAGGGGAUGGAAUCAGUGAGAAGGGGAUGGAAUCUGGGAGAAGGGGAUGGAAUCUGGGAGAAGGGGGCAAAUCUGGGAGAAGGAGAUGGAAUCUGGGAGAAGGGGAUAGAAUCUGGGAGAAGGGGAUGGAAUCUGGGAGAAGGUGAUGGAAUCUGGGAGAAGGGGAUGGAAUCUGGGAGAAGGGGAUGGAAUAUGGGAGGAGGGGAUGGAAUCAGGGAGAAGAGGAUGGAAUCUGGGAGAAGGGGAUGGAAUCUGGGAGAAGGGGAUGGAAUCAGGGAGAAGGGGAUGGAAUUAGGGAGAAGGGGAUGGAAUUGGGGAGAAGGGGAUGGAAUCUGCGAGAAGGGGAUGGAAUCUGAGAGAAGGGGAUGGAAUCUGGGAGAAGGGGAUGGAAUCUGGGAGAAGGGGAUGGAAUCUGGUAGAAGGGGAUGGAAUCUGGGAGAAGGGGAUGGAAUCUGGGAGAAGGGGGUGGAAUCUGGGAGAAGGAGAUGGAAUCUGGGAGAAGGGGAUGGAAUUUGGGAGAAGGGGAUGAAAUCUGGGAGAAGGGGAUGGAAUCUGGGAGAAGGGGAUGGAAUCUGGGGGAAGGGGAUGGAAUCUGGGAGAAGGGGAUGGAAUUUGGAGAAGGGGAUGGAAUCGGGAGAAGGGGAUGGAAUCUUGGAGAAGGGGAUGGAAUCAGGGAGAAGGGGAUGGAAUCUGGGAGAAGGGGAUGGAAUCAGGGAGAAGGGAUGGAAUUUGGGAGAAGGGGAUAGAAUCUGGGAGAAGGGGAUGGAAUCUGGGAGAAGGGGAUGGAAUCUGGGAGAAGGGGAUGGAAUCUGGGAGAAGGGGAUGGAAUCUGGGAGAAGUGGAUGGAAUCUGGGCGAAGGGGAUGGAAUCUGGGAGAAGGGGAUGGAAUCUUUGAGAAGGGGAUGGAAUCUGGGAGAAGGGGAUGGAAUCUGGGAGAAGGGGAUGGAAUCUGGGAGAAGGGGAUGGAAUCUGGGAGAAGGGGAUGGAUUCUGGGAGAAGGGGAUGGAGUCUAAGAGAAGGGGAUGGAAUUUGGGAGAAGGGGAUGGAAUCUGGGAGAAGGGGAUGGAAUCUGGGAGAAGGGGAUGGAAUAUGGGAGAAGGGGAUGGAAUCUGGGAGAAGGGGAUGGAAUCUGGGAGAAGGGGAUGGAAUCUGGCAGAGGGGGAUGGAAUCUGGGAAAAGAGGAUGGAAUCGGGUAUAAGGGGAUGGAAUCUGGGAGAAGUGGAUGGAAUAUGGGCGAAGGGGAUGGAAUCAGUGAGAAGGGGAUGGAAUCUGGGAGAAGGGGAUGGAAUCUGGGAGAAGGGGGCAAAUCUGGGAGAAGGAGAUGGAAUCUGGGAGAAGGGGAUAGAAUCUGGGAGAAGGGGAUGGAAUCUGGGAGAAGGUGAUGGAAUCUGGGAGAAGGGGAUGGAAUCUGGGAGAAGGGGAUGGAAUAUGGGAGGAGGGGAUGGAAUCAGGGAGAAGAGGAUGGAAUCUGGGAGAAGGGGAUGGAAUCUGGGAGAAGGGGAUGGAAUCAGGGAGAAGGGGAUGGAAUUAGGGAGAAGGGGAUGGAAUUGGGGAGAAGGGGAUGGAAUCUGCGAGAAGGGGAUGGAAUCUGAGAGAAGGUGA